AUGCCGUGCCCCUAUAGGGACCACUGCGGUGUUAAUUGUUUUUUUUCUCUGCGCCCUCCUCGUCUCUCGGCGAUCCUGACCUCGCCGGUGAGGGAACAGAGAAACGCAGACGCUCAAAAACUUUCAAGCCGCGGUGAAUUGACGACAUGAACUGAUUCCAUUUUUAGGGUCAUUUCUUUCGAUAUCAUCUUUCCAUCACUAGUCAGACCAGUUUUCUAUUUUCCUGCCAUUGGCGGUUGUUCUACUGGCUGGUUCACAACUUUCGGUGUACCUAUGAAAAUUCAACUUGUUAUCAGCUGCAUUGUUGCGGCGAGUAAGUCCAUUUUUCCUUGGAACGGCGGAAUGUCGUUUGCAGUUCACCUGCGAAGCGGUUGCGACGCGUUUUGGCGCCAAUUCGGUUUCCUGCGUUUCUAAGAAGUUGGGAGGGAUUCCUUUAGGAUUUUGCUGUAUUAGGAACUCCUAUAAGAGGCAAUUGACGGUCUCUAAAUGGCUAAAAGUUUUAGUGGCCCCUAUAGGGGCUAGAACUUUCGAAUUCGCGCCAAAAACCGCAACGCGACCGCUUCGCACGCCGUAAAGGCGAUCGUUCCAAAAAAACGACUUUAUUUUUCAGAUGCUAUAAUUUCGAUAGUGAUUCUAUUCCAAUACCGACAUCACACGAUUCUACCCACUAAAAGUUCAUAUCGACUCAGAAAAUCUAUCAGAAUUAUCCAAAUUUUUGGCAAUGUUUUUAUUUUUUUUCUUGGGUUUCUUUUUUUGAUUUUCACGGCUCCAGAAGAUCAGUACUCAGCGAAACUACAAGCCAUCGAGGUUAUCUUUUUUUCACAUUUUUAGGGACGCCAGAGAGGUUCCUAGAGGGGCAACCUGUAGAUUUUUCUCAAGGGACCACCUAACUUCCUCCUUUAAAGGGCACUAAACAACUUUGGUCACAUAGGCAAAGUCGGAAAGACCCUCACGGGCCCGUUAUGGGUGCAAAGGCUCCCAUUAAUUUUUUCUAAAAGGGAGGCAACGGUUUCCUUUUCACAGCCUUUUUUCGUCCUUUUAUCGUCCUUUAUCCACCUUUUUUGGACCCUUUUGAAAAACACAAGAUUUUUUAAAUGAUGAAUAAUCUUUACCAGGGACUGUGUAUAAACCAAAAUGUGCUACAGUAAUGAAAUCGGAAAUCAUAGAUGGUCGGGACUUUCAGCACCCUUUUUGCACCCUUUUUUGAGCCCACCAAGAAUGAAAGGCUCAAUAAAGACCACAAAACGGAACCAUUUUAGCGGCCAUUUUGCACCCUUUUUCCGCCCUUCCGACUUUGGCAGUGCAUUCUGAUGUGGUCACCCGGCUUUAAACUAAUUUCAGGUCCUCCAAUGCGUGCCCUAUGGAAUUUUCUCAUUUGGCGGUUUCAUUCUGGAUUUGACCUCGAAAAGCACUUGGUACCUGGCCGUACUUUUCCUCGUUUUCACCCCCCAAGUGUUUUUCUACUUCUCUCAUGGGAUCUACAUAUUGCAAAAGCAAAGCAGCCACAUGUCCACGAAAACGAGGAACCUUCAGAAAUACUUUUUCUACAAUUUGUGCGUCCAGGUUCUAGGAAAACAUAGCAAAACUAUGAAUUUUAUCCUUUAGGCCAGCCUUCCGGUGAUUUUCGUUUGUGUUCCACUCAUUUUCAUCGCUUUUUUGAUCAACACCAACACUUUUUUGCAGUGUAAGUAAGGAAAUAUUGUCUCUCGGCGACCAUCCCAUGUUGAAGCGCUAUUUUCAUGUUUCUCUGACCGGUGAGAGAACAGAGAGACGCAGACACUCUCAAGUCGCGGCGAAUGGACUAUGGGAAAAUGAAAAUCUGUAAAACUCUUCCAGGGAUGUCUCCCUUCCUUCUUUUAACGAUAACAUCCCACGGCGCAGUUUCAUCAACUUUCACUGUUGCUUCAAAUAAGCUCUAUCGAGAAUUCUUCUUCAAACUCUUCCGUUUUCAUUGCUUCAGACCCAAAAAAAGUUGGUUUACAAAAAAAUUUUAAACUCUUAUCGUUUUUUUUCAGCAGUAACAGUCAACGUUUCAAGUGUCCUCAUUUCAACUGGAAGCAGAAGAACCUUGAAAUGAAUAAAUUUUGGUCUAAAAAGUGGUCGCACUUGGAAUGGGUCGGAGCGUCGCGGCCACGUUCUUAUAAAAACGCCAGAGUGGCCACUAGAGGGAUUAGGGCAAACAUCCCCUUGAGAAAGCAGGAUCUGACCCCAAAGCCCUUAAAGCCGAAGCGGCCCCUAUUAGGUUUCAGGGUAUGACUAGAAGCGCCUAUAGAUUAAGUGGCCCCUCUAUUGGUCUUCAAAUUUACCGAUUGGACGUAUAGGACCACUACCACAUAAUUUUUAUUUUAUGAAAGCUCUAAUGCCCCAGUAGAAGGUAGGGUAGCUCCUUAAGGCACCUACAAGAUCCCCUAAAGUUAGUGAGAGUACUCAGAAUCAAAAAUAAAAUUCUGUAAAACCCCUCAGGCAACCGAGAAAAAGCUCGUUCAAACUUUUCCAGUGCGGAUUUAGACCCGCUCCGAGCCUUCGGCUAGAGACUUGAGGCGUGGUGUAGUGGUUAGGGGUCUUAUUCACUGUCAAUGUGUCCAAGGUUCGAAUCCCUCUGACGGAUAUCUUUUUUGCCGGCUCAUAACUGUAUUCCUUACACAUUUUUGUGAUAUUUUUUUCGAAGAUUUACAACAAAAGUUACAAAAAAUUUUAUAUCUACUAUCUUCCUCAUGUCACGCUUUCUUCUCUUAAUAUUCCCUCAACUACUUGCUGUUGAAAGGCAAACAUUAAAAACCACAAAGUCUCAAAUCUCAAGAGACCAGUCAGAAAAGAAACAUAUCAAAAAUCAAAUUUUGAUAUCUGACGUCAAUAAUUCUUAAGCAUGGGUUUUCAGCUCAAGAGUUCUGAAAAUUGCCCAAAAUUACGGGGGAGAACCUUGUUUUGGGUGAUCAAAUCCCCCUCGUUUUUGAAUUUUGAUUCACCCACUUUAUAUUCAAAUUGUCACCUGAGUCAUUUAAAAAAAUCUUUCUUCUCAAAUUUCCCAAAGCCAACCCAAUUCACUUCCAAUUUUAUUUUCAUUUUUGCAUCAUGAACUUACCUUUAUCUUUAUUACCCUUUUGCAAAAUUUUCACCUGUUUCCCAUGGAAUUUUCUUGUUAAGUUUGGUCUGUCAAAAUAUUUUCCCCUUUUUGUAAACCAUUUUUCAAAAAAUUCAGUAAAAAUGGCGGAAUAUCCGCCGUGUGAGAAGGACGGCGACUGGCUCAAUGUCAGAAUAUUUCGAGUCUUCGAAACUUUUAUUUUUCCAAUCAUAUCAACUUUGAACUUCACUUCUUUUUCUGUAUAUUAUUCCUGUCACCGGCGAGUAUGAAAACACUACAAAUGGUUGUUAUUGAACUAUCAAACAUGGUUCGUUUCUUUUUUUUUUGAUUACAGUAGAAGUGCGUUGCGGUCGCGGUGCGGAUUUUUGGCGGGGAAUUCAAAUUUAAACAGAAACUGCCUUUUUUAGACCUUUCAUCAUUUAUUCAAGGUUCUUGUGAGGUGAAAGUAUGAUGAAAACCGCAUUUAUUACCCUUUUCUCCAUUUCGGGUUCAAAUUUGAGUUUCCCGCCAAAAACCGCACACUUAGGAGCUCCAAAGUGGUCCCUUAAGGAAAAAACAGCUCCUGAAAGGUACGUUUAAAUGGUCCCUGUUGUAUUGUGAAGUAAACAACUUUAAAUUACUAAAACGUUUACUUCAUACAAAAGUAAAAAAAAAAGAAAAAAAGAACCAAAACUCAAUCGCCUAACGCGAUUGCGCAGAAAUGAAACUAUGAAGGUGACCUGCACAUCUUAAUAAUGCGCGGCCAUUUGAAAUGGUGUAGAUUUACGGGGACACUAUAACAGUCCCUAUAGAGCUUAGGGUCUGACUCCCAAGCCUUUGAAGAUUAUGUGGUCCCUAUAGUGGUCUUUAAACUCUUUGUUGUAGUUUUAAAACUUAAAAGAUGUUCAUAGUAGUUCCUUUGUUGAUAUUGUAAGGCCAUGCUCCCCUAAAGUGACUUCUAACUAAAACCCCUAUAGAGACCACUUCUGGGAGCUCUACAGCCCCUAUAGGAAAGGUGAGGAGACUUUUGAGUACUCUUAAGUUGGAUCCUAUAGGGACCACGCUAGGGGGAAUUUUUCGAGCGUCUGCGUCUCUCUGUUCCCUCACCGAGGUCAGAGAAACAUUAAAAUAGCAUGUCAACUUGAGAGGGCGCAGAGAGCCUAUUUUUCAACUUCCAGGCUCACAGUUUGGGACAUCUUCUUUCCAUUAUUGGUCACGCCAGUUUUCUAUUUCCCCGUUCUGGGCGGAUGUUCCAUAGGUUGGUUCACGACAAUCGGGGUACCUAUAAUCCUUCAAACAGCUAUCGGCUGUAUUCUUUCGUCCAGUGAGCAGAGGAAUCCAAAAAAUAGAAAAUAAGUUCAUUUUACAGAUUCCCUAGUGUCAGUGGUGAUCCUGUUUGAAUACCGACAUCACAUUAUGUUACCCAGUAGAAGUCCGUUCCGGCUGAAAAAAUCCAGCAGAAUAUUGUACAUCUUCGGGAAUGUCUUUUUCUGUUGGGGUGGUUUUUUGGUCCUCAUCUAUCUAGCGCCUAAAGAUCAGUAUUCAGCAGAAAUUCAAGUUAUCGAGGUUGGUAACUAACAUUGAAAAAAAAUUUGAUAUAGUCUAUUCACCGUGACUUGAAGUUUUUGGAGUGUCUGCGUCUCUCUGUACUCUCAUCGGAAAAGUCAGAGACAUGAAAAUAGCACGUAAUCAUGAGAGAAACGAGGAGGGAGAAGAGAAAAACAGUACCUUCAAGUCGCUUUUGAAUGUCAAGUAGAGAGUGACGUCAUCCGAAAACGCUCUGUGGCUGGCUCGCUUCCUGAUUGGUUCAACGACAUUAGGGGCGGAGCUUGAGCGACGGCUUGACAUUCCAAAUCGGAAAAAUUUGGUAUAUUCCAUUCACAGCGGCUUGAAAGUUUUGGAGUGUCUGCGUCUCUCUGUUCCCUCAUCGGCGAGGUCAGAGAGACAUGAAAAUAGCACGUCAACAUGAGAGACGUGGAGGGCGCAGAGAAAAACAGCAGCUCCAAGUUGCGGAAAAGUGUACCAUAUAUAGCUGAUUCACGGCUGAGGGGACGUGGCCUGUCUGCGCCCUCCAAGAGCCAGGCGCUAUCUCGUGCAUUAUCGUGUCAGGACCCUUUUUCCAAUGGCUCAAGCCAGCCGUGAAUCAGCCUGUUCGGAUUUUGAAUGUCAAUUACAAUGACGUCCUUCAAAAGCUUCUGUCUGAUUGAUUUGUCACGUCAUUAGGGGCGGAGCUUGAGCGACGGCCUGACACUCAAAAUCUGAACAGACUAUAUGGUAUCACGAGCAUUGUGUAAUAAUAUUCAUUUUCCACAGUUUAAAACAAAAAGUGGACUUCUUAGUGUGCGUAUCGCGAAGCGGUUUUUGAAAGUUUGAUCACUUUUGAAUUGGCGCCGAAAUCGCAUCGCGACCGCGCCGCUUGGAAAACUGUAAUUACCGCAAUUUACCGUUUCAGUAUUGAAUUAUACAGGACAAAAAUAAGAAUUAGUUUUCAUACCACAUAUACGCAAGAAUUCGGAACAAUCUGACCUGUCUGCGCCCUCUUUUCUCUCGCCGAUGGGUCAUUUGAGAGAGAGGAGGGCGCAGGAAGGUCAGACUGUUCCAAGUAUUGGAGAAUGAACAUAUUCAAUGCUAUUUUUGUUGAAAAACGAAUUUUCUAAAAAUUUAUUACAGAUCCUACAUUGCAAGCCCUACGGAAUCUUCUCAUCUGGAGCCUUCAUAAUGGAUAUGACGUCGAGAAGCGCCUGGUUCUUGGCCGGUCUGGCCGCUGUCGUCGUUCCGCAACUGGUUUUCCGGUUUUUCCAUGGGCUCCACAUCUUACAGAAGCAAAGUAGCCACAUGUCCACGAAAACCAGGAACCUUCAGAAAUACUUUUUCUACAAUUUAUGCGGACAGGUAAGUCGGAAAAUGAAAUCCCCUUGCUCUUCUUUUCUCUCGAUGACCCUCUCAUAUUGUCAUGCUAUUUCCAUGUUUCUCUGACCUCGUCGGUGAGGGAACAGAGAGACGCAGACAUUUUCAAGUCGCGGCGAAUGGACUAUACUUAGGAACUCACAGCGUUCCCAAAAGGGGUGGGGUGACGUCAAAAAAUUUUUGGAAUUCGAAAUCUCAAGUACGCAGCCACAUGUGUUCUUCAUUCCGUUGAAUACUCAGUUUAAUUUGCAACGAUAGGUAGCUGUGACGUCACAGUCCUUUUAUCCAAAGCGCGCACUUACUUUUUUUUGUAAAUUCACAAAUUUUGAAGCCUCGCUCACCUUCCCUCACCCCAUUAGGAAUGCCUUGAACUCCAGAAAGGUGCCUAUAGGGGGCACUUAAGCUUGCAAAAGUGGUUCCUUUAGUGGUUUCAGCUGAGGGGCCCCUGUAGGGACGUGCUAGUCGAUUAUCACUCUGUACUUUUGAAAAAUUUUGAACAGAUGGUGAACCGAGCUUGCUGAAAAAACUUUUAGUGGCCCCUAUAGGGCUCUGACGUUCAAGUGGCCACUAUAGUAGCCAAAUCAGUGACUCCUUUAGUGUCUUCUCCAAGUUGGCGAGCCUCUAUAAGGGCCACUAGAGAUUUUUCCAGUGUUCUUUCAAACUUCGAACCCUUUAGGGACCACUUGAGCUUUAGGGGCUAGUGGUUGAACUCUAAAACUCUACAGGGACCUCUUAAACACUAAACAUACUCCUUUUUGUUCCCUAUAGGGACCACUCUGGCGAUCCUAGUAUAGCCCGAAUUUCAAAACCCCUGGUCGCAUUUGGAAUGGCUUAAAGGGGACUUUUCGCGCCACGACUAUUUAUAAUAAUAACCUGAUUUUCAGACCAGUAUCCCCAUGGUUUUCGUCUGUAUCCCCCUUAUUUCUAUCGCUUUUCUAGUCAACGCCAACCCCUCUCCCCAAUGUAAGAACUGAAAAACCACAAAAAAAAAAAUUUAAUUUAGGGAUGUCCCUAUCGAUCAUCAUCGUCAUAACACUACAUGGCGGAUUUUCGUCAAGCUUCACAAUUUUUUCCAAUAAAUUCUAUCGCCAAUUUUUCUUCAGAUUUUUUGGUUUUUGUCUUCUUUGAAAUUGUUAUAGCUGAUCCUGAUUUUCAGGACGGAUGACCUCGAAAACUUCGAUUGUGACCGUAUUUAA